GCAAUAUCCGUUUCCUCUAGACCGACCUCUUCAAACCGGCAAAAACAUCCUACGGCCGAUGUCGAAUCUGCCGCAGUCCCUCUCGAUCAACCCGCCCUACGGUGCCGGCCCCAGCUCGGCGGCGCAGCCCAACAGGGACCGGAUGGAGUCCGCCCAGCAGCUGGUGCUCGAUCUCAGCAGUCCUGAUCUCCGAGAAAACGCUCUCCUCGAGCUCUCCAAGAAGAGAGAAUUGUUUCAAGAUUUGGCUCCAUUGUUGUGGAACUCGUUUGGCACUAUUGCUGCAUUGUUACAGGAGAUAGUUUCGAUAUACCCGGUUCUAUCGCCGCCGAAUUUAACUCCUGCUCAAUCGAAUCGUGUAUGCAAUGCUCUAGCUCUUCUUCAGUGUGUAGCCUCUCACCCUGACACGAGAAUGCUCUUCCUCAAGGCUCAUAUGCCUCUGUACUUAUUGCCUUUUCUCAAUACUGGAAGCAAGACAAGGCCAUUCGAGUACUUGCGGCUUACCAGCUUAGGUGUCAUUGGAGCGCUGGUGAAGGUCGAUGACACAGAAGUUAUUAGUUUUCUUCUUUCAACAGAAAUUAUUCCACUCUGUCUACGGACUAUGGAGAUGGGCAGUGAACUCUCCAAAACAGUUUUAUCUGGGCAGGUUGCUACAUUUAUUGUUCAGAAAAUUUUGUUAGACGACUUGGGCUUGGACUACAUAUGUACUACAGCAGAGCGGUUCUUUGCAGUGGGCCGAGUCUUGGCUCACAUGGUAGUUGUACUUGCUGAACAACCUUCUUCACGGCUCUUGAAACAUAUAGUGAGAUGUUACCUGCGAUUGGCAGAUAAUCCUAGGGCUUGUGAUGCAUUAAGGAGUUGCCUUCCUGAUAUGUUGAGAGACGGCACCUUCAACAACUGCCUAAGCGAAGAUCCAACCACAAGGAGGUGGUUGCAGCAAUUACUCGCUAGUAUCAGCAUGAACCGGGUCCCGAACCUUCAAGCAGGGGGAGGAUUCGAUCAUAUGCUCAUGAACUAAGCUAUUAGAUGAAAUCUAUCUAUUGGAAAAGACAAGCUUUCGAAGAAAAUGCAACUGGAGAUCACGAAACAUGGUCUGGAUACAAGCAUCUGACUUAGCUAGAUCGUAUAGUUCUUUUUGCAAGCUAUGUGUAUCAGAGGAAGCCCUACAGAUCGAUUCGCCUUCUCGAUUCGAUAUAUUUAUGAUCGAGAAUUACACUGAUCAAGUAAGUCUUACUAGAACUGUUAUGUAUGAGCGGUGGAUUAGUACCUGUUGUGAGGAUAAACUAUAUGGGGCCGGCUUCGUCAACAAGUUACUUAUAAAGAAAUGCCAGUAAGUUCUGGCCCAUGUCGGUUUUCAUCUUUCAA